AAGUAGUGGGGGGAGUCGAAGUAAAAAAAGGAAAGAUGUUGACAAAAGACAAAAGAGUCUCUCCCAAACACAAAGAGAGUUCCAUUCACAAUUACUUGUUGAUCUCUUGUGGUGUGUAGUGUAAUGUGUGCCAUCCAAUUUCGAUGUUGACAGUCACAGAUUCCCCCACUUCUUCCUUCACCCUUACGCACAAUCCAACGCAACCUAAACUAUUUUCCUCACACCCCUUUUCUGAUUUGCUUUCUCUGUUUCAUCGUUCUUCUUCUUCCACCUCUCUCUCUAUAUAAACUCGUCUCAUCUCUCUUCCUCUGUAUAGCCACAUUCUCAAUUCCUCUAUCGCUUCUUCACUCUUCAUCAUCUGUUGGCAACUGAGGAAAUUAACAUGCUUAGUCCUGAAGGAGAACUUAAAAUAAGUUUUGGCUACAAAUGUAAUAGUUAUGGAGGUAUUCCUUGUAAGACCACCAAUGGCUACGAAACCCUUCCUGAAGUUCGUAGGACAAGUAGUUUCUCUUGUUUGUCAGGCGCAGCCUUAAGUGCAAAUGCCACACUAGCCAACACAAACAUCUGCAAUGGUAAGAUAGGAGGGGAAAUCCUUCCAAGUUGGGACUCACCAAAUUCCUUUCGUAAAGUACCCUCUUCGCCAAGUCUUUCAAAGUUGGACAGAUUAUCAUCUUCCCUCCCAAGUAAUCUAUCUUACCUAAGCUGCAGUCCUUCUACUCCAAGUGAUAUCCUUGAAUAUGACUCUUGCACAUUAAAAUCCAUGAGUGAUACUCCUAGAAGUGAAGGAUUUCUUAAUGCUGGUGAACUUCAAGUCGCAGGAGGAGCAGCUGGCGAAGAUAGAGUUCAAGCAGUUUGCUCUGAAGAAAAUGGUUGGCUCUUUUGUGCAAUUUAUGAUGGCUUUAAUGGGAGAGAUGCGGCUGACUUUCUUGCCGGUACCCUGUACGACACCAUCAUAUCUUACUUGAAUAAGUCAAUUUUGGGAUUGGAGCCGGGUUCCAUUGAAACUUCUAACAAUGUGGAUUUGGGUGAAUCCCUCCUGAAUAAGUUGGAUGGUAGUCUUAUUUUUCAGGAGGAUCAAUCUCUGUCGACAUUUACGGGGAGAAAUGAUUCUAAUCAUGGUUUUGCAAAGGAUAGUCUAUCUACUAAGUCUGGAGCAUCAUGUGAGUCAUCUUCAAACGGGGUACUUGAUAGCCUCCAAAGCGCACUUAGUCAGGCUGAAAAUGAUUUCUUGUACAUGGUUGAGCAGGAAAUGGAGGAACGUCCAGAUUUAGUUUCUAUUGGAUCGUGUGUUCUGCUUUUGCUUCUUCAUGGUAAUGAUUUGUACACACUUAAUCUAGGUGAUAGCAGAGCAGUAUUGGCUACAUGUGGUGCAGGUGACACAAUAAAUAACCGUGAUAGACUCCAAGCUAUACAGCUUACUGACAGUCAUAAUGUUGAUAACGAAGCUGAAAGAGCAACACUUCUUGGUGAUCAUCCUGAUGAUCCGAGGGUCAUUGUAGGGGGAAAAGUGAAAGGUAAACUGAAGGUUACUCGUGCAUUCGGGGUUGGCUACUUGAAAAAGAAGAAUCUGAAUGAUGCUUUGAUGGGAAUCCUUCGAGUUCGCGAUCUUAAGAGCCCGCCAUAUGUUUCCACUCAACCAUCAGUGAAUGUCCGAAAAAUCUCAAAUUGUGAUCAAUUUGUUAUACUAGGGAGUGAUGGUUUAUUUGACUUCUUCAGCAAUGAUGAGGCAGUAAAGCUAGUGGAGUCUUAUAUCUUGAGCAAUCCUUUUGGUGAUCCUGCAAAGUUUCUCAUAGAGCAGCUUGUAGUUAGAGCAGCUGAUUCUGCAGGUUUCAGCAUGGAAGAGUUGAUGAAUGUUCCGGCAGGGAGGAGAAGAAAGUACCAUGACGAUGUGACGGUAAGUGUGAUCAUGCUUGGGAUGAAUCAGCGGACUUCAAAGGCUUCAACUUGCAUCUAGGACAGGCCAAAAGGAAAACUUGCAUCUAGGUAGCUUUUCAUUGAUCAAUCUUGGUGAAGUAGUAUUUGCUAGGGUAAGUUGUGAUAUAGUGUACAUAUGUCAUUUUAUAAGAACCAUUGGGUCCUUUCUGGGGUUGCUAUCUCCAGCACUGCAAACAUGUAAGUAUAGUUUCUUUUCAUUGUGUAGACCUUGGGCAUCCCCAAUCUACCAAAAGGGCAUGUAUUUUAACGCUAAAUUGCAUGAUUGGAUUCAUUUGUUUAGUUAAAUAAAUAAGAGUCUAAGGACUUGAGAGCAA